UGUCGGUCACUUUCUGUGUUGUGUAUGAGAUGGAAGUGAAGACGAUGGUAUGACGUUGAGUGGUUGAGGGGAUCGUGUAAUUGUUGGGCUGCCGGUUUUGUUGGAGAGUGGCAGCGCCCAGGUCCCGAGAGUCAGCAGAUUCAGCAGAUUGACUGCCAGACAAUGUUGAUUUUUUUUUUCGAAGCCGCAGUCAGUACGAUAACAAGAAUUAGACUCAAUUGUUUGAUUUUCGAAAUAGUUGCGUUGGCUGUGUUGACGAGAACUCGGGCGACAGUGAGCUGAACCGUGGAGAAAUACAUCUACCCUGAACCUCAAGAUCUAGAGCGCACGUCAAAUGCGUGGACCCACUAUUCUGCAGUCGCGGUACGUACUUCCGACUAACCAGAGACCUCACCUCGUCCUCUCUUCAUCAACAGACGCAACAUGACAGCAGUCAGCAGUUCCCCCUCGGGGAUCCUGAUCUAUGCCGAGUUUCUAUCGAAUAUACGACAAGUGUCUAUCGCAGUAAACCUCACUUCACCUUCCAACGCAGACACAGCCGCAGAGGUCACCCAGGGAGGCACGGCUUUUCGCGUCCAGCAUGGCGGCCUCACGCGCGAAGUCUUGCUGCCGGAGAGAGUGGCAGUGGCGUCAACUGUGCCAGUGGCACCGUCGACAGAGAGUCUGAGUUGGAGGCUGCCGAUUUCGUCGAGGCUGCCUAGUGAAUCCCUCUUCUCCCUCGAGAACCAGGCAUUGCCGUGGACAGCCACCGACUUGCGACCAGGAUCCUCCGUGGCCUGCAGAGCAUGCGGCAACAUUUUUGUUCAAAACGGGAAGAUCUCACAAUGGAAAGAUCUUCCUAGCGAGAACUGGGCCGAGAUGAUGGAGUUUUGGCACUGUCAUAAACCGCACGACCACGACCAUGGACACACCAAUGGGGACGCUGAGGAAGCUGACCUUACGAAACGUGGCUAUGGUGCGAGCAACGCCAUUUCAGCACAAGAGACUGUCGGCUUCGUCGAUAUUACCUCUUUCAUGUUUACAGAGUCCGAUUGCGACGGAAUCCUAUUUUCCUCCACCACGUCGGGAGGGCAGCAACACGAUGCAAGUGCACCUGGUAUCGGUGACUCGACCAAGUUCCUGAACGUCAGCUGCAAGAAGUGCAAUGCGCAGGUCGGGUUCUACAGCAUUGUCGCAUCCUCCGUCUCCCUGUUCAAGUGGCAGGUCGCGACCGAGACAGCAUCUACGCAAGCCAUGCCGUCGACCGAGCAAUGCCUCGCCGCAACGCUGACUGCGACGAUCUCGCGCUCUGGCUGUUCAAAGUCGGUCAUACUCCCGCAGAAACUUGAGGCAGGCAGCGAGGCCGGGGGACAGCGGGCGUUGCACCUAUGGGCGCUGAACCCCAACGUCACCUACACAACCUCCCAAAUGGAGGGAAAGCGAGAGGCGAUGAAGAUUCUCUACCAAUGCAUCGAUAUAGACAAGGCAGAGAAGAUGGCCGAGUCUAUGACGUCCGACGUUCAGGACAUCAGCUUUCCAGAGGCUGUGAUUGCGACAGCCUUGGAAGCGCUCGAGUCCAGCAACUCAUGCCUUCCUAUGAAGGAGAGGACGUUCAGGGAGUGGAAGGUUGGUUUACUUUCGCGCUGGAGCGUAAAGUAACUCAGAUAUAUGACAAAUGCAAGUAGAUUACCAUGCACCGCAGGUGAUGGUGCUUCUGCAAUGUCAUCUGCGGGCUCUGGUGCACAGUCCAGACACUGUGAUUUGGGUAUCUAUGUACAGUGUGCGCACAGUAAACGCAUUCAGAGCCGUCUGAUGUGACUUCCAAGUGCCAACAGCCAUCUU